AUGAGCCCAAACGCUAACGGAAACCUGAGCUCGAACUACCCGAACACAAGAUCACGAAGCCAACCUGACGAUUCGACCGCUGAAGAGACUAGCGAGGUCGGCAACCAACCCACAACUCCGCAGAUUAGUGCACGAAUUCUCAAUUCAGCGCUAGCGACAAUGUCCGCAGAGCCUACUCCCCAGUCCAGACAGCGACUCCCGCGCCUCGCACAGGCAAAGGACUUCUACCGCUGGAAGGAAGAAUGCAUCGACAUCCUUAUGCAAAAGGGGGCCAAGGUCUAUGGAAUCGUCAAGGGAACCAUCGCUCGACCCGCUGAAGAUGACCCCUUGUAUGGCGAAUGGCAGAACGCAAACUUCGCCGCGUGUGGACUGCUGAGGAGCAGCCUCGCGCACGACAUCAAACAUACGAUAAACGACCUCAAAGACGCGCGCACGAUUUGGCUGACGCUUGAGGAUCGCUUCGCAAAAUCCAUGCGUUGGCAACUCGAGGAGAUGGAGACCGAGUUCAACAGCCUGCGACAAGAAAAGCGAUCCAUUGACGGGUUCGUUGGACGAAUCAACGAACUCGCCGAUCAACUCCAACUAGCAAAACGAGACAUUUCCUUCCACAAGAAGUACUCGAUCCUCAUCAAGGGACUUCGGAAGGAGUACGAAAACAUCUCCUCCCAGAUCCAGGAGACGUACAGGUCGCGACGAGAGCCCCGCACAAUCAUGGUCUGUCGUGAUGACGGAACCACCCAGACCAUCGUCAUCGACAGCGAGGUCAUCGACGAAAAGGUCGAACUCGACUCAAUCAUCACCCGACUGCGAAGCGAAGAGCUCAGACUUGGUUUGCACUCCCACGGACUGCACCAACGCUCCCGCAAUAACGUGUCUGCUUACUACGCCGGGCCCAACAAUCGUCACGCGCGUCAAGAAACGCGCGCACGUGUUAACAAACCUAAGCAGAAAACCCCAAUCGAGCGCAUUACUUGCUACAACUGCCAGGAAAAGGGGCACUACGCAAACAAAUGCCCGAAACCCAAGAAGCAAGUCAAUAACGCACGUUCUACGCCCAACAUCGGCGAAGCUAGCGCUUACUCUGUCAACGAGUUCCACCACCCUCGAGAGGCAAUGUGGCUCAUGGACUCAGGAGCCAGCCGACACAUCUGCUGCAAUAGAUCGUUGUUCAAAAGCAUCAAGAUGGGGGUAACGAUGAAACCCAUCUGGGUCGCUAACGAGGUACCCGUCAAGAUUGAAGGGCUUGGCAUCGUAGAGCUCAUCGUCAAUGUUGGUAACGGCAACACCAACAGGAUCACGUUGCACAACGUCGCGUACAUUCCCUCGUUUGGCGUCAACCUACUCUCCACGGGUCUGAUGAGGAAGAAGGUCGACAUCAUCACCAAUCACCGCGAGACCAUCGCCGUCACCCCUGAGGGCGUCAUCACAUGCCGCGGUGUGCACAUCGGACCGCUCACAUACGUCGACGAAGUGGGCAUUGACUUUGUUGCCCUCGCCUCCGAGCGGCCGACUGGGGAAGUCAACUGGCACGACCGCCUUGGUCACCCGGGGCUCGAGCGACUCAGAGACGUCGCCAAAUACGCAGAAAGACUUGGCAUUAAAUUGCCCACGCGGGACACUAAAUGUGAAACUUGCGAGGUGGGAAAGUCAACCAAGCGCGCGUUCAAACACGCGCACGCGCGUUCUCAAAAACCCCUGGAACUGGUAUAUUCCGACGUCGUGGGACCAAUGCCGGACACUACUUCCCAGGGAUACCGCUACGCCGUCACAUUCAUCGACGACUACUCCAAGUACAGCACCGCGUACCUCAUGUCGCACAAGAGUGAGGUCCUUGACCACCUCCAAGACUUCAAAACCACCAUGGAGAAGCAAGUCGGCCACCAAAUGAAGCGUCUACGCUCCGACAACGGUGGCGAGUACAUCAACCGCGAACUAGAGGCCUUCCUCAAAGACGAGGGCAUCAUCCACGAACGUACCUCGCCGUAUGCGCCGGAGCAGAACGGCGUCGCCGAACGACUGAACCGCACCCUGUUCAACCAGGUACGAUGUAUGAUGAUUCAGUCAGGGGCCCCAGGCAACCUAUGGGGCGACGCACUCCUCCACGCUGUCUACCUCAACAACCGCCUGCCAACCAAGGGAAACGGCUUCCAAACGCCGUACCUCGCAUUGUUUGGCAGACACGCGGAACUAGACAUGCUCCGCACAUUCGGAUGUUCUGCCUUUGCCCAUGUGCCAGCGGAGCGACGAGGAAAGCUCGACAACCGCGCCGUACCUUGCGUCUACCUGGGCGUUUCCCCAGGAACAAAGGCGUUCAAGCUGUACGACCCGACCGAAGAGCGCUACCUGACGCAAAUUCACGCAACUUUCGACGAAAAGAAUUUCCCACUCAUGGAAAUUGUCGAAAACAAUUACGAAUCUCACGCACAAGACGAGUGGCUGGAAAACGCGCCCACGCGUUCUGACACACCCGACCCUAGUUUGGGUGUCGAAGUGGUAAUUCCGGCCCUCGCGCCCGAAAACUCGGAAUUCAACAGGUACCCCUACCUUUCCGACGAAGAACGGGCACUCGGCCUUGCGACGCCACCCGGCUCACCACCCUCGUCCCCUCGCCUGCUCGCUCACGCCGUCGCCAACAACGCCCCUACCGACGACACCGCACACGAUCUUCAUGACCCAGUGGGCCUCCUCAAUGAUGAGCCGCGCACUGUGGCCCAAGCCUUCAAACGCGACGACUGGCCCCUCUGGCAGGCCGCCAUAGCGAAGGAGCUGGAGUUGCACGCUGAGAACAACACGUGGACUCUUGUCGAUCCCCCCGCAAAUGCCAACAUCAUUGGUAGUCGCUGGGUCUUCAAGGUCAAGCGAAAGGCCGAUGGUACCGUUGACAAGUACAAGGCUCGUCUAGUCGCCCAAGGCUUCGCCCAGAAGCAUGGCAUCGACUAUGACGAAACCUUCGCCCCAGUCGUCAAACUCGCCACACUCCGACUGCUCAUGAUCAUCAGCAUCCAGCUCGAAUGGAAGAUCUACCAGAUGGAUGUCGCAACUGCAUACCUGAACGGCGAAGUCGACAAAGACUUGUACAUGCGCCCACCACCUACCCCAGACGCACCGCGUGGUGCAACGACUGGCCAGGGUUAG